AUGAAAUACAUUCAAACUGAUCAAAUCUUAGAUAUUCCAGAAGACGUUACUGUUGAUAUUAAAGCUAAAGUCGUUAAAGUUACUGGUCCAAGAGGUACUUUAACUAAAGAUUUAAAACAUAUUGAUGUUACAUUCACCAAAUUAAACAACAGAGCUAUCAAAAUUACUGUCCAUAAUGGUGACAGAAAACACGUUGCUGCUUUAAGAACAGUUAAAUCAUUAAUUGCCAAUUUAAUCACAGGUGUUACUAAAGGUUAUAAAUACAAAAUGAGAUUCGUUUAUGCGCAUUUCCCAAUUAACGUUAAUGUUAUUGAAACAGAUGGUCAAAAAUUUGUUGAAAUUAGAAAUUUCUUGGGUGAAAAAAGAGUUAGAAAUGUUAAAAUUCAUGAAGGUGUUACUAUGGAAUUGUCAACUGCUCAAAAAGAUGAAUUAAUUGUUACUGGUAAUUCAUUAGAAGCUGUUUCACAAAAUUGUGCUGAUAUCAAACAAAUUUGUAAUGUCAGAAAUAAAGAUAUCCGUAAAUUCUUGGAUGGUAUUUAUGUUUCAGAAAGAGGUACUAUUGUUGAAAAUGUUUAG